AUGAAGGAAAAUGGUCGUGAAACAUUGAAUAAAGGAAAUGAGGAAAAAAAUGUUUUAAUAGAAAAAUUUUUGUUCUCAAACUGCAAAACAAUUUCAUUUGAAACUUUAUUUAAAAAUAUUUUAUUGAAAUUUUCUCAAAUUGUUUUAUUAACUUUAAAUAUAAAUAAAAGUUUUGCAUGUCAAAAUAUCAUUGAGCCAAAUCAUCUGCCAAAUUGUAUUGUGAAAAUAACAAUUAACAUCACAGACAUGCCUUGUCGUCAAUUAAUUAUCAUCGGAUAA